UCCGUUGCCGUCUGUUUGCAGUUGGGGAAACCGAGGCAGCUCCAGCUCCCCCUAGUUCUUCCGCUCUUGUGAGGAAAAAAAAAAUGUUUAUUUCUUUGUGGGAGUUCUUCUAUGGGCACUUUUUUCGAUUUUGGAUGAAAUGGCUCUUACGACAAAUGACUGGAAAGUGUGAAUUGCAGCGAAUUUUUGAUACCUAUGUAGGUGCACAAAGGACACACAGGAUAGAAAAUUCAUUGACAUACUCCAAGAAUAAGGUUUUACAGCAAGCAACAUGUGCUGCUGAGAGUGAAGUGGACAAAUGUGUAGAAGAUAUAAUGAAAGAAAAGAAUAUUAACCCUGAGAAGGAUACCAGUUUUAAAAUCUGCAUGAAGGCAUGCUUACUGCAGAUAACUGGUUAUAAACAGCUCUAUUUGGAUGUAGAAAGUGUGAGGAAAAGGCCAUAUGAUUCUGACAACCAGCAACAUGAAAAGCUACUCCUGAAGCUUUGGAAUCUUCUAAUGCCCACAAAGAAGUUGAAGGCUAGAAUCUCCAAGCAGUGGGCUGACAUUGGUUUCCAGGGUGAUGAUCCCAAAACAGACUUCAGAGGCAUGGGCAUACUUGGAUUAAUCAAUCUCGUGUAUUUCAGUGAAAAUUACACCAGUCAAGCUCAUCAGAUUCUUUCCCGCUCAAAUCAUCCAAAAUUAGGGUAUUCUUAUGCAAUAGUUGGAAUCAAUCUUACAGAGAUGGCUUAUAGCUUACUGAAGAGUGAAGCUUUGAAGUUUCAUCUCUACAACUUUGUUCCUGGUGUACCCAAAAUGGAACACUUUCAUCAGUUUUAUUGUUAUCUUGUCUAUGAAUUUGACAAGUUUUGGUUUGAAGAAGAACCAGAAAGCAUUAUGUAUUUCAACCUGUAUAGAGAGAGGUUUCAUGAAAAGAUUAAAGGACUCUUACUGGAUUGUAAUGUAGCACUUACUUUAAAAAUAUAGAUCACUUAUAGUAUCUUCUAUUUCUACCACAUUUUGCACAUACAGCAGAAUUUAUAUGUUGUAAUAGAAAUUAUCUGAUCAAUUACACUCUUCUAUAUAAUUUCCUACAAAAAUAUUUCAGAAAUUCUAUUUAAGAAAGCUAGUAGACAAUCAGUGUAUGUUUACAAUUAUUUAUACACUGUUCUCCAAAGGUACGUUAUCCUUCCAAAGAUCCUCUCUGUAGAGUCAUGUGAACUACAGCUUGGAGCUUGGGACCCAGCCCGUUAGUAUAAAUGUAUAAAUCAGGUAUUUGUGUUAAAUUGGUUAAAAUGUGUAAAAAUCAGUUUUCAUUUUUAUGUAUUGUAGCUGUCA